UCAUCCCUCAUUUCUGUUGUUAUUUCUGUUGGUUCCUGUGUGUAAUUGCAGCACAGAGUGGGACACAUUCAGUGACGAUGAAAAUGUGUUGGUUUGUUAGUUAUUGCAGCCGCUGCUGUAAACACAGAUCCACUGAGGUUGCUAAUGAAAUAGCCUCGCCAGUGCCCACUCUGUCCACCCUUGUUUCCUCCCACCUCUCUCUGCCUCUAAUCAUCCCUCGCGAUGUUCCCACUCCGCUCUGCUUUCUUGGACACAGAGCUUGUUUAGGUGCUGCUGCAGUUUUUUUGUUCACUGUGGGCACUCGCUGCGUAAUCCUGCAGACCAUCUAGAUUUCUCUCAAACACCCCCUUAUCUGUGCCUGGCAGAACCCCUCAUCCCUGCUCCUCCUCCCCUACUGGCAUGGUGAGGACAGAAAAGCCGGUCAUUCAAGGAAAGUGCUCUUGUGAGAUUUGGGUCUAGUUCAGUCUAUCUGCUUUCUCAUCUCGCUUCUCCUCUUCCUGUUACUCCCGAGAAAUGCAAUAUAAGUUUCCGGAUCGGGAUUGUUGGCUCAGUCACUGGUCGCUGUGUGGACUUUUACUAACAUCCCAGAAAUGGAAGACAAGACAGACACACUGAUGGGAUUUCAGAGCUGGACUGUUAAAUUUGUUCAAUUAUAGUAAACUUUUAAAGAUGUACAUUAAAAUAUAAUGUUGUUCCCUUUGGAUGGAUAAACAAAUGCAUUUUUGGUUGCAUAAUGAAAAAGAAAAAAUCUUAAAUAUUUUAUCAGGUAAUAUUCUUGAACCAACUUUAUUCUGUUUGUGAAACUUUUAAUAAUUUAGAAAUUCAUAUCUGUAGCUCAGGCUGAGCUGCUUUACUCCUACUGGACAUCAUUAUCUGAUUUACCUUGUUAUGGUUGUUAGCUGGGGGUCAGGAAUACACAAAGACUAUGGUAGUUUGCAGCCUGAAUCUUAAAAAUUGAGAUUAUUUUUUUAAAAAGCCUUUUCUUUAUAUAAUAUGACAUUUUCAGUCCUACUUUUCCUCUGUUUUAAAUUAGUAUUGGAUGUACCAUUACAAGAACAUUUCAGUUAAAAAAUCUUCCUCUACAAAAAUAUAAAUAUUUUAUGAAUAACCCAUGAGCAUAAGACUUUUAGCUCCUUCUUCCUGGUUUGCUGUAUGUAGAAGCUGGUGGUUAGACAUGAUCGCUGAGCUGUGUGCAGCAGCAAUGAGCUUCUGCAGAUUUGACAUUUACUGGGUUACAGCGGUGCUCUCUGCUGCCACCGAGGCAGGAAAACAGUUGACAAACGGCACUUCACUGUUGUGCAUUGACAACCUGAGAUGAGUUUUCAGGGGUGAUGACUGGCGUCACCCAGGCAGGGAGAUGGACAUCUUAGCUCUUAACAAGGACAUGCUGGCAGGAUUUGCAGCAGGGCACCCUCUCCAACAUCAGAUUGCAUUUUCUGUCCACACUCGGAAGCAGACUCUCUGGGAGUAAGUCGGUUACCGGCUGAUUGUUAUGGCCACAAAUAAAUUUGCUGGGUCAUAAAUAUGGUUUGUGAAUAAUAAGUGAGCCGUCUCAUAAAGUUCUCCAGCAGACGUUCCCUUUAAAUAAUGGAGUGAAAGCUUCUCCAAGGACGUCAGAGCUCAGCUUCAUCCUACAGCCAGUAGUCAGAGGAGGUGUGGAUACUACAGCCCACUGUUGUCAUUUUGACCUUUGACAUCAGGCCACCUACAGCAGGAACUACUGUGUACGGAGAUUUGUUUGCCAUUUGUUUUUUGUGUUAUCUGUAAAAUAUUUGGUUUUGGUGAAAUACAUUUGUGUCUCUUACUCUGAAGACGUGAUGUUGACAGCAGUUGGCAGCUGGAAAUGUAAAUGAGAAUAGUAAACAAUGUAAAGUAAACACACUGCACUGCCAAGUGUCGUGUACAAAAGCACAGGGACAACAGAACAUGACCUGGGAUGAGAGAUAUUUUUUAAUGAACUAAUAUUUAUGCAUGUAUGUUUUAACUUGUAUGGGUUUAUCAUUAUGAUGAAUUUGAAUUAAUGAGUCCAAUAGUUGACAACACUGACUUAAACAGGACAAUAGCCCUUGUUAAAUAUGUGAAGUGUAUUUUUAUUAGUUAUUCUUUAUUAUGAAGUUUAUUUUUUUAUAAUUAUUAGGAAGUGGAUCUACGUGUUCUCACACACACCGAAUACUAAAAUAAAUACUUGAAUACUGCAGACUUUAUAUUUAGAAUGACUUUGCCUGGGCAGCCUGGGGGCAGAGUGAAUAGGGUAAACACCACAUGAGCACAAUCCUCAGGGCACAUCAGAUAAACGCAAAAGACUAAAAAUAUAUCCAGUGGGUUUCUUUGCAUAGGGAAAUGAAUGCCACACUAUUUAUGUUGUCCUCUGACCUGAAGCUUUGACUUUUCUGGUUCCUUAUUCUGUCAAAUGGUGUCAUUUAAUUCCUAUCCUUUCAGCAAUUUUUUUUUGCCUCACCUUGAGCACACAGACCAAGUCUGUGUGCUUCUCCGUGGCCCGUGUUACAACUCUGUAGGUGAAACAGGAGCCUCCACUGUGUGUGUCUGUUAUCUCACCUGCAGGCCAGGUCCAUUUAAUACUUUCCUCUGUCCUGUCCAGUCUCACAUGCUGUCCUCUGCCGUGUAGUGUGCGUGAGGACUGCUCUGCGGACAGUCAGGAAGAAGCAGAUGCGUUUGCACUGAACACACUCCUCGAACUGCGCACAAAGAUAGUUGCUAUGGCGACCAUCUGUCUCCUGUGCAGCUCAAGAAUCCGUGAGUGUGUGUGUGUUAAGGCGCACCACCACCACCAUAUAUACGUAUGGAUUUAGUACAUAUGCAUCAUAUAAAUGUGUAUUUUUGUUCUUUCUCCUGUCAGGAUGUGAUAAUUAAGCAUUAUCUUAUCUUGUCACUGUAAUUAGACACAGAGAUGCAGUUGUGGUGUCUUCAGUGUCCUGCAGCUUUCAAGCCCUGUCUGCACUGAUGAAAGAAGACAUGUGAUUGUCAUAAUCUGUAUUUAAAGAACAGAAGGUGGGGUUAAAAUCAACCUAACAUUAUGUUAAUGCAUGAAUCCCCUGCGACUGUGACUCAUUAGUUUUGGUUCAAACACAGAUGUUGAUGUGGAUAAAAUUGUCCCUGUUCAUCACCAUAUCAAAGACUUUGAAAGAGCCUGAUAGGAGGUAUUCAUGAUCAUAGUUACCCUGACAGGCAUGUCUUGUUUUUUUUUUUCUUGGUAAUAAUUAUACAAUAGGAUUAAAUUCUAUUUUGACUAUGAGAGCAAAUGACUGUGGGUUCAAAGGUAAUUUUAAAUUGCAGAUAGAAAAAAGAAAAGGAAGACAAGGAGUCAUGUAGCUACAAAACCAACCUUUCAACCUCAUGCUCAAAAUAUCCUUACAAGUACUGUACAACAUAAACAUGUUUAUAAUAAAAGACGUCUAUAAUUGUGUAGAGCCAUACCUCUGUUUUUGUCAGUGUGGUCUGUAGCGCUCGCUCGUACAACGCUGUUAUACAGUAGUGGCCAAGACUAAGCAAUGUCUGGAAUCAAUCCCACAUCCUUUGAUUAAAAGACAGCUGCGCUACCCACUGAUCCACGGCAUUAUUAUUGGAAGAAUUGGCAGGAACUACAGCAAAGGUUCGAUUUCCCUUUCCUUUUCCUCAGCUCAACAAAUGUUCUACUCAGCCAGAGAAUGUCCCUUGACACAGGGUUCUAAUCAACAGCACUUGGAAGAAAAAUGCCCUUUAAAUCCUACCACGUCUUGGAUUUUCACAGCAGUCAGGAAUCGGAAGGAGAAAAGGGGGAGGAGCCAACGUGUCAGCUCAGUGUCUUCUAUCAUGUUUGUGAAAUGUCUUAAUAUAAUUUCAACUAUAUUUCCACAUCAACAUAAACUACAUAACAUCCAAAAAAUAGUGACAUCGAGGGCAACUGGACGGAGUAGAUGUUUUUUUUCUUUUUUUAAGACGUUUCACCUGGAACAUUUUGAAACGUCUUCAAAAACAAUAAAAACCUACUCUGUCCAGUUGCCCUCGAUGUAACUAUUUCUUUGGAUUAAAUGACCUGGAUGACUGAGAACCUACACAGACAAUCUAUGUAACAUUUUUUGUGUGGCAGGAUUGAAGUUUGCAGCAAAUGUGUUCAGUGAAUUUGAACUGGACUUGGCGUAGGUUCACUGUUCCUUUCAAGACACUGAGUCAACUCACAGGCGGCACUGGCUUUUUAUUCUAUCAUGUUGCGUGUUACUUGAUGUUAUAUUGUGAGCAUGUACACUGGACGUAUGAAGAGGUUUUCGCUGCACACCAGACACUGAGGAUGAGUUGAAUAACUAAGUAAUGACCGUGGCAUUUUGAAUUGCACGUCUUAAUCAUGUGUUUGGCCCCUGUAUUAAUGUCAUGUGGAGUUUGAGUAUGAUCUAAAAGACAGACUUUGUUCAGCUCACGGUCAUUACACUGAGCUGGUGAAACCCUGUAGAGCUCACUGAGUCUCUAACUCAGUGAGCUCAGGGCUACAGUACUACUGUGACUGUUUUAUUGAAGGGUACCGUUGUUCAAUGCUCAAGAAAAAAAAUAGAUCAUUUAAAGUAUUUAUUAUAAAUAGUGUAUAAUACAAUGGAGCAAACAGAGAGUACAUUUUUGUUUAAAAACAAAUGACCCCAGGAGCCAAUUAAAUGUAUUAUUGAUAUCUAUUUGCAGAAUGGAUUUGGGUGGGUUCAUGGGGCAGAUGUGGCCCCUGGUCAGGAGUUUGAGAAAGAUAAAGAAGAUUUUGUUCUAACUGUCUAUUCCUAUCCACCCGGUUACACGGCACUCGUUUAUCCUUGGUCACGACAUUGAACUCUCAGGUUCCUCUGUAGCCACUGACUAAUGAGUGUGAAUGUAUUCACUGCUUACUACUGACCAGUCAACCUGAACGCCAUGAUUGCCUUUACGUCCAGACGCAGCCAAACAGACGAUGCUGCUGAUGCUGCUGCUGCUGCUGCUGCUGCUGCUAGCACAUAGACACAUAAAGGCUUCCAGAUGACCACCUGCUACAUGUUUUCUUUUGCCUCCAAUCUUCUUCUAUGGAUGCUGGCGCAUCCCGCUUGUCCCAAGCGUUAUUACCUCUAAGGAUGUGGAACAGUAAUUCCAUCUACUCACACCUUCUCCAUUACGCCACUCGUUCUCAAGGGAUGCUCAGUGACCUUGGAGGCUCUCAUUAAUGUAUUCUGCACGUGUAUCCAGCCGCAUUACUGAGCUGCAAUGUCUAUCUCCUUUAAGCUCAUAUGGACUUUGCCAUUUUGGGCCUAAUGCACGGUGAUGACCUCAUUAUUGGCUGCUGCUGAGCAUUUUGAGUGUGUGUGUUUUUUUGUUGAGACACAGCAACAUUUGCAGUUUUGCAUCCCUAUCAGCCGUACCUGCUUAGCUAGAACCAACCAAAUAAUAUCAGUUUUUUAAAAUGCAUUAUAAAAUAUAAAAUCCGUAAUUUAGUGUUUCCCACAUACAAUGAUUUAUUGGACAAAAAUUGCCAACUAAAUUCACAUUUGUCCAGUUCUGUUCUGACAACCAAUCCCUGUCAGUGGGGGUGUGGGGUGGUCUGUAGCCAGCCCCAGCAGACCUCAGCCAAGUGAUGGGGUUCACAGGGAGAAAUUACAAAUAUACUAACAGAAACUAGUGAAUACCAGUGAACCAGUGUCCUUUUCAGGGUUAGCUUUCAGCUCACGUCCAUGUGCUUUUAUUGGCACUUUUAGCUGCAGCUUUGAAAUCGACAUUUCUUCUGUGAUAUUUAUCCCUGUUGAAAAGAUCAUAUGUCUCUAUUUAGUCCCAAAUAUUUACCAGUUAACUGAGAGAAUGAACCGCCCACAAAUAUAACCAUUAGGACUUUUCAGUCAUUGUUUAUGUCCAACCAAACUAUUGGUGGUGCAGCCCAGUGUUUUUGUUACUUUUAGGGUUUUUUUUAGCAUUUUUGGUGUAGUACCUCAUUGAAAUCCACUGAGGAGCUUGACUGUGGUUGGACUGUCCUUCUGUGACAGAACUGAGUGUGGAGUCCUGGUUUUAGAGCCCGCUGUCUAGAGAUGAAACAGACGAAAGAGAGAGAGAGAGAGAGUGUGUGUGUGAGAGAGAGACCUCGGGCUUCAGACAAGCCUUCUGUCUUCACAGAGGGGUGAGGCAGCUGGGACUGUCUACCGGUCGUCAGUCAGGAUUUGGUGCAGAUACCUGCCAGUCUGGUUCAACCAGCCCUGCAGGGAGAAAGAAAAAACAGAAAAGACAGUUAGAGCAGCUGCUACCUGUCUUUUUCUUGCCACUAUUUAUUUUCCUGCCUGCCAUCUUGUUCUGCUGGCUUCAGCGUCCUCAGUGUCCAGACCAAUUCAGAGGCAGAUACGUCCAAUUACAGCCGUUGGUAUUUAGCCACAGUAGUGACACUGGUUUACAAACAGCCAGCAGAGUCAUUAGUGGGGGUUUGAGUCUGCAGUGGUGAAUUAGGUGAAAUUGAAUUGAAAUUGAAAUAUUAGUAGGAACCUGCAGGCUCCAUGUUAAUGCCAGGUGUUGUUGAACACAUGACACCUGUGAUCAGGCAUUGUUAUGGAGAGGAAGUAACCAGGCAACUGGGCAACAGCUGAGGUGAUGAGGUCAUUUUAGUUUUGGGUUCUGGGUCUAGGUUGUGGCUGAGAUCCCACAGCUGUGUGUAUAUAUAUAUGUGUGUGUGUGUGUGAUCUUUACUGAUCUGAUCAUCACUCUGGCUCACCCUCAUGUUUUUGUUUUCUUUUUUAGCAACAGAGUCUUUUAUAAACAGGACAGGGAGGAGGGAUACACACACACACACACACACACUUCUACAGAAGUCCCUCCCUCUCUCUCUCUCUCUCUCUCUCUCUCUCUCUCGCUCCCUCCCUCUUACACACACAGGUAAAGGGCGUAUCUUAUUACGUCACACAGGCUGCAUUGAUGAUGAGACGUGCGGAAGGAGUUGUUGUCACUGUGUCAGGUUUUCUUGCCUGUCGGUUUGGAGCGGAGUUUUUGAGUGGAUUAUUGUAGUCCUGGCUGAAGGGAUUCUUUCCCCCCCCUGGAGUUUAUAUAAGAAGGUACUUUAACAGAAAUAACCAGCUGUACAGAGAUGUGGAAUGCCCAGCACUGAGCUGCGGCAGAACCCAGGGGAGUCAAGCCAGGAGCUGGGCCCCCCUCCGUCGGUGGAUGAGGCAGCCAACACAUUGAUGACGCGCCUGGGUUUCCUUCUGGGAGAUAAAGUGAGUGAGGGGCCCGCUAGUACCCAGUACAGCAUGGAGGAACCUGAGGCAAGACAGGGUCAGAACCAGAGGAUCAGCCCGUGCUCUACCUUAACCAGCAGCACUGCCUCCCCACCUGCAGGCAGCCCCUGCUCCACCCUCCCCCCUGCCAUGCCUGGCCAGGCCGGUACCAAGGACUGCGCCUACGGAUCCGUCACCAGUCCCACCUCAACGCUGGAGAGCAGGGACAGCGGAAUAAUUGCUACCCUGACCAGCUAUUCUGAAAACAUGGAGCGAGGGGGCAAAUACGGUGAAGGCUCCCGAGCAAACCUCAAACUGUGGCAGUCCCAGAAAUCAGGCAUGGACUCCUUUCUGUACCGAGUGGAUGAAAACAUGACGGCCUCGACCUACAGCCUCAACAAAAUCCCUGAGCGCAACCUGGAGAGCAUGUCCUCCCACUCUGCCCACUCCAUCCCUCUGUACCUCAUGCCCCGCCCUAACUCUGUGGCCGCGACCAGCUCAGCACACCUGGAGGACUUGGCGUACCUGGAUGAGCAGAGACACACACCCUUACGCACCUCGCUGCGAAUGCCCAGACAGAGCACCACCUGCGGGCCAGGUCGCUCCGGGCAGGACCUGAGAGCUUCUGCAAAUAACAGCCAUGCCUGGCAAUCGCAGUCACUGCGAUUCGCUCCAUAUCGGCCUCAAGACAUCGCCCUCAAACCUCUGCUGUUCGAGGUGCCCAGCAUCACCAUGGACUCUGUCUUCACCGGCCGGGAGUGGCUCUUCCAGGAGAUCGACGCCCACCUCAACAGCCCCAACAUCAGCACCAACCAAGGCGUGGUGGUGGUGGGGAACAUCGGCUUCGGCAAGACCGCCAUCAUCUCCCGUCUGGUGGCUCUCAGCUGCCACGGCACACGUAUGAGACAGAUCGCCUCCGACAGCCCACAGGCCUCACCCAAACAUGGAGAGGGGCUUCCUCUCACCCAGCCCCAGCCCACGCACGGCACCCUGGGAGGAGGCAGCUGUCCGGGGACCCCUGAGAUGAGGCGACGUCAGGAAGAAUCCAUGAGGAGGCUGGCAUCUCAGGUGGUGGCCUAUCACUACUGUCAGGCAGAUAACGCCUACACCUGCCUGGUGCCUGAGUUUGUGCACAAUGUCGCAGCCCUUCUGUGUCGCUCCCCCCACCUGGUGGCGUACAGGGAGCAGCUGCUGAGGGAGCCGCACCUCCAGAGCGUCCUGAGUCUGCGCUCCUGCGUCCAGGAUCCACUGGCCUCCUUCAGGAGGGGCGUCCUGGAGCCGCUGGACGCACUUUACAAAGAGAGGAAGAUCAGCUCAGAGGAGGACCUCAUCAUCCUCAUCGAUGGUUUGAACGAGGCUGAGUUCCACAAACCAGACUACGGUGACACCAUUGUGUCCUUUCUCUCUAAAACCAUCAAUAAGUUCCCUCCCUGGCUCAAACUGGUGGUCACGGUCAGAACAACAUUACAGGAGAUCACCAACGCUCUGCCAUUCCACCGCAUCUCCCUGGACAGCUUCGAAGAGAACGAUGCCAUUGACCAGGACCUGCAGGGCUACAUCCUGCACCGCAUCCACAGCAGUCUGGAAAUCCAGAACAACAUCUCACUAAACGGCAAAAUGGACAACACUACGUUUGGCAAGCUUAGCACCCACCUGAAGGCCCUAAGUCAGGGCUCCUACCUGUACCUCAAACUCACCUUUGACCUCAUUGAGAAGGGCUACCUAGUCCUUAAAAGUUCUAGCUAUAAGGUGGUCCCAGUCAACCUGGCCGAGGUCUACCUGCUGCAGUGCAACAUGCGCUUCCCCACGCAGUCGUCGUUCGAGCGGGCGCUGCCUCUGCUCAACGUGGCCGUGGCCUCGCUUCAUCCACUGACAGAUGAGCAGAUUUAUCAGGCCACCAAUGCUGGUUCACUGCAGGGCAUGCUGGACUGGGAGGACUUCCAGCAACGGGUGGACAACCUGUCAGUGUUCCUGGUGAAGAGGAGGGACGGCACCAGGAUGUUUGUCCACCCCUCCUUCAGGGAGUGGCUGAUUUGGAGAGAGGAAGGAGAGAAGACAAAGUUCCUUUGUGACCCCAGGAGCGGUCACACCCUGCUGGCCUUCUGGUUUUCUCGUCAGGAGAAUAAGCUGAACAGACAGCAGACCAUUGAACUGGGCCAUCACAUUCUUAAAGCACAUAUCUUCAAGGGUCUUAGCAAGAAAGUGGGGGUUUCCUCCUCCAUCUUGCAAGGACUGUGGGUAUCCUACAGCACAGAGGGCCUUUCAGCUGCACUUUCUUCACUCCGAAACCUCUACACUCCCAACAUCAAGGUCAGCAGGCUGCUGAUGAUGGGCGGUGCUAAUGUGAACUACCGCACUGAGGUGCUGAACAACGCCCCCGUCCUUUGUGUCCAUUCUCACCUGGGCUACAUGGAUAUGGUGGCCCUGCUGCUGGAGUUUGGUGCCUCUAUUGACGCCCCCUCUGAGAGUGGCCUCACACCCCUGGCCUAUGCUGCUGCUGGGGGCCACAUGUCAAUCGUUACUGCACUUUGUCGUAGGAGAGCAAAGAUUGACCACCUGGAUAAAAAUGGCCAGUGCGCUUUGGUACAUGCGGCCCUCAGGGGCCACAUGGAAGUGGUGAAGUACCUCAUCCAGUGUGAGUGGGGCACAGGAACACAGCAGCAGCAACAGUCACCACAGAACCAGCAACAGCCGUCACUUACCAAGAGUCACGCAGUACAGCAGGCCCUGGUGGCUGCUGCCAGUAUGGGAUACACAGAGAUCGUGUCCUACCUGCUGGACCUGCCAGAGAAAGAUGAAGAGGAGGUGGAGAGGGCUCAGAUCAAUAACUUUGACACCCUGUGGGGAGAGACAGCUUUGACUGCCGCCUCUGGCAGAGGGAAGCUGGACGUGUGUCGUCUGUUACUGGAGCAGGGAGCAGCUGUGGCCCAGUCCAGCAGACGUGGCAUUGUCCCGCUGUUCAGCGCUGUUCGACAGGGACACUGGCAGAUCGUAGACCUUCUCCUCAACCAUGGAGCAGACGUCAACUUGGCCGACAAGCAGGGACGAACCCCCCUGAUGAUGGCAGCCUCAGAGGGACACCUGGGAACUGUGGAGUUUUUACUUUCUCAAGGAGCCUCCCUGUCUCUGACAGACAAGGAGGGUCUGACCGCUCUGAGCUGGGCUUGUCUCAAAGGACACUUACCUGUCGUCCGCUGCCUAGUGGAGAAUGGAGCCGCCACCGACCACGCAGACAAAAAUGGCCGCACGCCGCUUGACCUGGCAGCUUUCUAUGGUGAUUCUGAAGUGGUCCAGUUCCUGGUGGACCACGGGGCCAUGAUAGAGCACGUGGACUACAGCGGGAUGCGUCCUCUGGACAGGGCAGUGGGUUGCAGAAACACGUCCGUGGUGGUCGCCCUGCUCAAGAAAGGAGCCAAGAUAGGAUGUCAGACGCUGCCCAGUCGGCCCCGAGGUCCAGCCACGUGGGCCAUGGCCACAUCCAAACCCGACAUCAUGAUCAUCCUGCUCAGCAAACUCAUCGAGGAAGGGGACAGCUUCUACAAGAAGGGGAAGGUUAAGGAGGCAGCGCAGAGAUAUCAGUACGCCCUGAAAAAGUUCCCCCGCGAAGGCUUCAAUGAAGACCUCAAGACUUUCAGGGAACUCAAAGUGUCACUCUUCCUCAACCUGUCCCGAUGUCGGAGGAAAAUGAACGACUUUGGGAUGGCUGAGGAAUUUGCUACCAAGGCGCUGGAGCUAAAACCAAAAUCCUACGAAGCGUACUACGCCAGGGCACGUGCCAAGCGUAGCAGCAGACAAUUUCCUGAAGCCUUGGAGGACUUGAAUGAAGCCAUAAAGCAGUGUCCUAACAACCGAGAAAUCCAGCGGCUGCUCCAAAGGGUGGAGGAGGAGUGCCACCAGCUCAACCAGGAGGACCAUCAGCAGCAGGAUCUGGAACUGGAGCCUCCUCCCUCCCCUCCUCCUACACCUCCCCCUGAAGAAGAGGAGACCCUGUCCUUAGCCAUGCCUCUCCCUCCUCCCCCUGAGCCUCGUCUGGAGGACAUGGAGCCUGUCCAGGACCUGUUUGAGGAUGAGGACUACCUGGCGCAGGAACUAGAAGCCAUGUCUAUGGGUUUGCCCCAGCCUGAAGCUCUCAACCCAUCUAACCUUCCCAUCAUCCAGAGCCCACCCCUCUCCCCCACUCAUGCAGAUCAAAUCUAUUUGGCAGGAGUUUCGCCCAUGGGCCAGCCUUAUGAGUAUCACCCCACCUCCUCCUCCAUGUCAUCACCAACACGAGGUUCAUACCAGCCAACAUCACCCUCUUUAUCUCCAACACAUCAAAAUUCCCACUACCGACACAGCCCGACUCACACGUCUCCUGUGCAUCAGUCAUCGUACCGCUUCAGCCCUCCACCCAUGGGGACUGGAGGUCAGGGGAUGGAUCACCAAAGUCCACCACCUUCCCCGUUACGUCGGGCUGCUCAGUACAGAUCUAGUCCACCCAUAGAUAGUGUUUGUUUGUACAGAUCCCAGUCUGGGUCUCCUGUUCGCUAUCAGACAGAACAGCUUCCUGGCCGACCCAAAUCUCCUCUGUCUAAAAUGAGUAGCCAGCGCUCGUUCCAGCUGAGCUCCCAACCGUCUCUGUCCUCCCAGCACCACCAAGCUCAAGGUCUUCGUCUUCAGCCCUCAAUAGCUCAAAUAGUCCGCACGAACCAGCCAAGCAAUGUAAUAGGAAACAGCGGCUACAUUGGCCAAAUGGGUCAUUCUAUGGGUGGUCGCUACCAAGGGGCUUCAGUGGACGUGGAGAGUCGGCUUGUGUACCAGCCGUCCCUGGAUGGACGCUCCAUGCCCCAGGUCCAGGCCAGCCUCAGCUCUGGGGCCCUCUGUCAGCACGGCGGCCGAGGAGGGGUUAUGGAGUCAGGCCUGAUGAAGGAUGAGCUACCCCAGCGCCCCUCCUCUGCCUACCGCGCCAGCAGCGGGGGUCCAGGAGGUAUCCGUUAUAGUCAGACACCUCAGAUUAGUCGCAGCCAAUCUGCCGCCUACUACCCAGUUUCUGAACAUGUACUAGAACGUGCAAAUGCCCUGCCCUCAUGCCAGCUAGGAUCUCCUGAAAUCUCCCAUAUGGUAAGACGUCCUGUCAGUGCCAACACUACUGAGAUAAAGCAGCACGUGCCAACCCCCAGGCCGCUCAUUCACUCUCAAAGCGUAGGCCUCCGAUUCUCCCCUUCUAGCAACAAUAUUUCAACUGGAUCCACUGCAAAUUUGGCGCCCGGUUUCAGGCCGUCCUCGUCCAUCCAGCAAAUGGAGAUUCCCCUGCAAGCUGCAUAUGAGCGAACCUGUGAUGAUAUAUCUCCCAUUUCCCCUUCCCAGGGGGGAGGAGGGCUAUAUCAGGGAGAGCCCAGCCGCUCCAGAAACACGCCCUUCAUGGGCAUCAUAGAUAAGACGGCACGGACUCAGCAGUAUCUACAUCAGCCCUCACGGUCCAGGCCAAUGACAUCCAUGGACUCUGCCAUCAGCCCCACCUCACCUGGCCAGCUGGUCCAACAAGGCUCCACCUACAGCCCCCCCACCUCACUGGGCAACAUCGCCUACUACAACAAGACCAACAAUGCCCAGAACGGACACCUGUUGGAAGAAGACUACUACGUCCAGCCCCAGCCCCCCUCCUUGGGCAAACUGGCCAAUGGCUCUCGAGGCAGUGGGGACAUUUUGGAGCGGGUCAGCCAGGCACCCACCUACACAGAUGUUAAGGUAGCCAGGACUCUGCCUGUGGCUCAGGCCUACCAGGACAACAUGUACCGCCAGCUCUCUCGUGACUCCCGCACCCAAGGCCCCACCUCCCCCAUCAAACCAAAGAGACCCUUUGUGGAAUCAAAUGUGUAACGGCCUGUCUGUGACUGGUUGGUUGGUUGUUAGACCUAGAAGAGAAAAAAAUAUUUAGCUCAACACAGAUACUGCAAACUCUUGUAUAUGUGACACGGACAAACAUGUAUUAAAGAACUAAUUUGAGACAAAAAUUCAGGAGGGAAAACCACACAACCAGCACACACACAUACACACACACUUAGGGUAUUAGACAUUAACUUCAAUGAAAAACACAACCAACACUGAAGUGAUUCAUUAUCAUACUCUGCACACAGGUAGGAUAACUGGAGUGUCCUAAUCAUACGCCGAAUCAAAGACCAGUGCACUUCCAAAUCUUUGUGUGGCACAAAGUCCCCACACGUGAACACAAGAGGUGGGACUGUCAGUGUUAAAGGUUCUACCAAUGAUAAUAACAAUAAUCCGACUCAACUUGUGGACGUUCUAUCCAUCUUCCGUUCUUCAAAAGUAAGGUGUGCUCUUGAACAAGGUCGCUUGUAGGCUCUACUCUAUGUAAUACAAUAUUAUAUGUUCAAUACUGUACAUUGCUCAGAAAAUACAAAUGGCUCAACAACUCAGUACUUAUAGAAAAAUGACAAUAUUUAUAAUUAAGUUAUAUAUUGUACAUAGGAGUAAAAUAAAACUUAGUUUGCGUUUGAAUUGUGUUCUGUUGAUCCUGCCUUUGUGUCCAACUGCUAGUCAUAUGGAGGUGGAAGUGUUAAGGAAGGAGGGACAAAGGUCAUCUCUGACUCAUCCUUAAUUCUCUUCACUUAACUAUACAUAUAUAGAGAGAGAGAGUUCUGACCUAAUCAGAUGACCUCAUGUUGUUUUUAUACAGCAAUUGAUCCUUACUGUUUAUUAUCAAUCAAUAGUCAUAUAUUUUAAGACGAAAUCCAAAAAUAAAAAAUAUAUGUAACUAAUUAGAGAGGGAAAUAAAGUAGAGCUACAAAUGAAACAUAAAGUCAUCAAGUGCAUUUCCAAACAAUAUAGUUUGAAGCAAAAUACUUCAUUCUCCGUUUAUUUCAUUUUGUCAAAACUUGGACAUUGUGUUUUAACAUUACCUGAUUUUAAAAGGUGGUGUUAAAUGUUUAUUCAUGAUUUAUUUUGAGUAACCUUCCUCGUGACCUGAUGACAUGGUGAAACAGCACAGCAUCCAUGACAAGCCUUGUUAAGACCUCCAUAACAGGGCUCUCAAAGUGAAGUGCUGCCACCAUUAUUGUGCAAACAGCUAGUACAGGUCUUAUUUCCCGGUCUUAAGCGACCAUGUAAAACAUCUUAUUAAACACAAUUCUUUUUUUUAAACAGUAUCCCCAGGGCAAAUUUUAAUUUGAUGUGAAUUUGUAUUCACAUCUAGUCACUGGCUAUAGGUAGGGGGUUUGUGGGCCAGGAGUUUCAUUCCCCCUCUCUAUUUUCCUUAUGUCCAAGGACAGACUGCUGUAUAUGUGAAAUAUGUGUGCCCAUGUUUUUAUUUUAAAAGCUUUUGGUAAAGACAUUUAAUCACCUCGAAGUGAUUUUUUUUAACUCGGCACUUGAGCACCAAAGUUUGCCUUUGUCCCUCCUCAGUAUGUGACAACACAGUAUGUUAAUGGACAGUAGAAAGUAAAGAACAUAUACUAGUGAAAUGGUUAGUGCUCAGAGACUAAAAGCAAGCAAAUGCAUAAACAAGCCACUGUUACUGACAUUCUCCCCUUUUUACUUUAGUAUUUCUUACUAUUAUUUUUAACCUUUUGCAUUUUACCUCCCCCUUUCUCUCCCCUUCUCUCCCCCUCUGCACUAAAAAUGUUUAAGUUCUUGGCUAAGGGUGCACUUUAUGUAUUUUACUUACUGUGUUGUAAUGGUUGUUGAAUUUGGAGGUGGGAGUGUGAUGGGUCAGAUGUCUGACCAGUAAUAGCAGACUAUCGUAGACACUAUUAUUAUAAGAUUUACAAAGCAGUGGUGAGAUGGAGAGUUAUCAAAUGUUUUUAAACUGCAGAAUAUGUAUAGAGUUUCUAGCACAAGUUGUAUAUACUGGCUCAAAUGUUCUGCUCUGUUCCAGCUUGGGUCGCUUGGAUUGAGCAAGUCUGUUUCAAGAGGCUUAUGCUAUAUUAUAAGUAUUCAUUUAAUACAUUUAAAACAGAAAUAUCAUUUAGAGUCUCCAAAUGAACCAGUCUAAUCCACUGGUCCUGCACAUGCCUUGAAAACAAGUCAAAUCCACUGCAACAAGAGAAAUAUUUAUCUGUAUGAUUGACAAUUUAAUGUCCAGUCUCCAUAUUUUGGGGUGUGACUGAAAAAAAAAGUAGAAAAAAGAUAAUAUUGAAGCUAAUUGUAUGUGUGAAAAGUUAUAGACCGUCCAUUUGUAAUAUUACCUUUUGGUUCUAAUUAUAAAA